CUACGCCCUCCUACGGCGUAUGCCAGUCGCCAUUCGCUUCUAGUGUUUACUCAAACAAACACCCUUCAUUCUCAGGAAAGUUUCUAUUUGAGCGAGUCUUGAUUGCAAGGCAGUGUCCACGACCGCCACCAACAGGAUGCGCCGAAAACUCGAGGCUGGCACCGCAUACCAGUACCUAGGCGACUAAAUUUGCCAUGCCCCUUCCCAGGGAUACAGUGCUGCUGCGGUAUUAAAUAAAACACCAUGUAAGCUGUUGACUAAGAAAGCAAGGCUGGUCCCAUCCCUGUGUCCGUCUGGUACUGACUGCGGCAAAUUUGUUUCAUCGUGGCCACGUUUUGACUUUUAUUUUCUUCUUUCCUAUAUUACAUUGAAGUUCUUCACCCUUCGAUUUCGCUGACUACGUCAGUCCCCCCUUUUAAUGGCUCCAAACACUUUGUGGAACAGAUUUCGGAGAUUUCGUCUCAUUGUUCUCGCUUUUGCCUCGAUUCUUUCGUUGAUAUGGUCCAUCAUCAUUUCCGUGUACAUGGCCAAUAAUUGGUCGGGCUACAAUUCCGGCGAGCGCGGAUUUCUCUUCGGUCUCAUUGCUCUUGACUUCAUUGGUUCGAUUUUGUUGUAUCUCAUGAUUGUUGUGCAAUAUCAAUUUUGGCCUGACGCCGCACGAACUAUAGUACUUUUGGGUCUUAACGUCGCUGGUGCUGUGGUCCUUUUGAUUCUCAGCCCAAAAUUUCCCUGCAGCGCUUUUGGCUCGACUGCAAAAUGCCACAAUAUGACAAUGACAGUCCUUAUAGGAUCUUGGGUUAUUUCCGCACUGAUGCUUCUGUAUGCCAUCUGCCUGCCUUUCGUGGCCUUUAUCCCUCAUACACCCAGCCCAAUUCAAGUUGACGAUUUGGAGAAUCGGUCUGAUGUUGCGGAGGUCACAGAGGUCACGAACGAUCUGCGCAUGUCUCAUGCAUCGUCUGCGUCCCAGGGGUGGCUCUUGAAAAACCAGGAAGGGACGUCUCCUGAGGUCUUUGUGUCGGAGCUACCGCUUCCCCAAUACAUCCCUACUCCUCACGAUGUUCCUAGCAAUCCUUUGUCAUUAUCCUCAUUGCAAAUGCCACAACAAGCGAUGGGUGAUGAUCCCGUCGAAUUGCAGGCGCCAGGUGCUGCUUCAGUCUACUCUGACGCAUCUCCGUCCAGCUUUGCGAGAACCAUCCGUGCACCAGAUAAUGUCGACAGAAACCUGAAUACAUCUGGCUCAUCAGGCUCAUCAUCUCCACGACAAUACCCACGUUACUCGGAUUCUCUUGAGUCGUCCACUUUGCCCAACCGCUUCGUUGGCGAUACUUUGGAUGCCAAUCGUAAUUCAGUGGCCAGCAGCUUCUAUGGAUCGACUUAUGAAUUCCCCACGGUCUCCAUACCACUGACUGAGGCAUCUCAUCGAACCCUGAGUGUGAUCACGGGAAGUUCGACAUCAGUGUAUUCCCAAACCACUAUACCUGCUCGUGCCAAAACUAUAUCCCCUGUCAAUGCAAAUACUCGGCAAACCAGUUUGCUCACAUCACGGUCGAUGUCGUGCUCCCCCCCUCGCCUGUCUGUACAUUCCAUGUCGGCUAGCGUCCACGAUCACGCGGAGCAUCAGGCUGCGGGAGGAUCAAAUGAACCUACAUUCGAACUUCACCUUUCCGAUGCCCCCAGAAGAAAUUCUAAAGACAAGUUAUCAGAUUUUCCUCGGGAUGUAGUGCAAGAUCCUGUUCUACAUCCCCCGAUAGUACGACCCGGCUUGCAACAUCUUCGCACUGAUUCUUCGAAUUCUAAUAUCGAUCUAGACGAGUGGAGGAGACUCGUGCUUAGCGCUGCUGGACGAAAAUAAUGAUGAUCUUGGACUUCUUUCACUUACAGUAAUUUAUGAGAGCAUUGGCAUUUGAUGGUCUGCCUAUAUGACCCGGACAUCGUGUUUAAAAGCGCUGUCUGGACUUGAGCUCAAGUCCACGUACUUACCCGCUUGCCUUGUGAAGAUGACGUCAACUUACUUACUCAUAUAUUGACGGUUUACUACUAGUUAUGGACUCCUUGAGCUUGU